CAACAUGGUUUCAGGUACCUACACGAGUAAAUAACUUCAAUUAAUUCAUUAUAUACGCAGUCAAGUACUUACCUCUCAUCUGAUAAAAGAAUAGGCAUUUUGUAUCACACGCACAAAGAUCAUUUUUUGUGUACGCAGACACACUUACUAUAAGUAUAGGAACAUAUUUUUUGAAAAUGAAACCAAAUAUGACGCGAGUAGUUCUGCUACAGUUUUUCCUGAUAUUCAUCGUUGCUGAAUUAUCUCAAUGCGAUUAUGGUCAAGACAAUCAACAAUGGAAUCAGGGUAAUCCACAAGGAGAUCAGAAUACUCAAGGAAAUCAGAAUAAUCAGCAAGGAACACAGAAUGGUGAUCACAAAGAUCCGAAAUAUUACUGCGAUGGCUUUGAACUGACAUGUCCAAUCAAGAAAAUACGAUUAGUUUUGCAUACGAUUAAGACAGCGGUGACACCGAGCGACCAUUUCCAAUUACCUGAAUUCAAGCUGCAUAAUCCGUUCGAGAAUAAUUCAGGAGACAACAAAAACAAUAACGACAACGGUAACAAAGACAAUAACGGCAAUAAUAAUAAACAAAAUGGAGAUUCACAAAAUCAGCAGGGGUCUCCGGAUUUUAACCCUCCCAAAUUUGAUCCUCCAGCAUUUAAUCCACCGGACUUCCAUCUGCAAAACCCAUUCGAUGGCAAUUCGGGAAACGGUAAUAAUCAACAGAAUGGAAAUUCAUAACGUAAUUAGAACGGAGCUUUGGACUGACUAAUACCAUGUUUAUUUUACGAAUAAAAAUAAGCAAAACCAAAA